AUCUUCUGGCCUCAGCAAACUGUGUGUAUCAUCAUAAUGGAUAACUGACUUUUUAUUUUUGUUUGAGGGCUUUUUAUAUAAAUUGACCCCAGUUUCUUCACUCUUUUCAUGUCCUCCAGCUUGUCGACAUUACUUUGUUUCUCGCAACACUUGUUCAUUGUUUUUUUGUUUUGCAACUUGUCCUACAGCUCGUCCUACAACUCGUUUUCAUUCCUGUGCAAUCUCAAUCAAAAUGGAAAGCAGUAGAAUCCAACAGAUUAAAAAUGAAAUAUAUAUUCCAAAGCAGCCAUUGAUUCCUAUACCUUCAAUUACAUCCCACCACCCUACUCUAAUAAUGCAGGAUAAAUUGACCGACACAACUCAUCACAGCUCUUGCGGCUGUUGUGGUCCUGACUGUAUUACCAAGAAAGCAUGGUUUUACGGGCCCAAUGGCGAAGUCAAAUCCUCUUCGAGCUACACUUAUUCAUUAAAUCGUUGAUUUUUGAAUUUGCUAGCAUUUUCUUAUCAUUGUUUUAUUUUGUUAUGAUUUUCUUUGUCUUAUGGUGGUGUUUUUAUUUUCAAAAUUUUUUCUCGAGCUUAUCUUUAAUUUCUCGAUUUUUAUUCUCUGAAACUUUGUGGUUAUCUUUUUUUACUUUAUUUUUUUAUCAAGUCCCCUUUUUUUGUUAUCUUCUAUAGUAAUUCCAUUUUACUCUAUUAUUGUCUUGAGUUAAACUUGAAUGUUUAUCUCUUGCAACCUCGACAAUGUUGAAAUCGUAGCUUGAUCUUGAUACCAUUAAAACCAUCUCUUUGGAACUCUUCACUUGACUCCAGUUAAACACCUCAACACCAUUUGGGUUUGUGGAGCACACGUUUUUUCUUCAAGGGCACCUCUUUUACAAUCAUGCAUGUAGAAGUGUGUUCCCGCGGGUUCUGCAUUGCACCCACACUUUUCUACAAUCAAUAAAUUUAAGUAUUUUAG